GUGGCUCUUGCUGCAUCGCUUGUUUCGGCGCAGACCUUCACAGAGUGUGACCCCACCAAGCGUGAUGACUGCCCCAACCCCAAGGCCGUCGGCUCCAAGAUUGUUGACAUCGACUUCCGCAAGGGGGCCAACGAUUUCUUCACACUUGCCGAUGGGACGAGCUUGAAGUACGACGAUAACCUUGGCGCCGUUUUCUCCAUCAGCAAGGAGACGGAGGCCCCGACGAUUAGCAGCCACGAGUAUAUCUUCUUCGGCCAGGUCGACUUGACUGUGCGGGCCUCUCGUGGUAUUGGUGUCGUCACCAGCUUCGUGCUGCAGUCGGAUGACCUUGACGAAAUCGACUGGGAGUGGCUCGGCGGCGAUUCUAAGCAGGUCCAGACGAACUAUUUCAGCAAGGGUUGCACCGAAACGUACGACCGUGGUGGCUUCUCUCCCGUUGCGGACCCCAUUAACACUUUCCACACCUACACCAUUAAGUGGACUCCCGAGCAGCUUGACUGGAUCAUCGACGGCACCGUUGUCCGCAGCCUCAAGAACAGUGGCCUUUCGGGUUGCGCUGGCUACCCGCAGUCUCCCAUGAUGAUCAAGCUUGGCACCUGGGUUGCUGGCCGCAAAGACGCGCCUCAGGGUACCAUCGAAUGGGCCGGUGGUGUCACGGACUUUUCCCAAGGUCCUUAUGAGGGCUACUACCAGAGCGUUCGCAUCCAGGAUUUCAUGGGCGGCCAAGGGGCGACCGAGGCGACCGAGUACCGAUACACUGACCGCAGCGGCUCGUGGCAGAGCAUCGAGGUUGUCAAUGAUGGCGAAUCCGUCAAGCCCAGCAGCAGCGCCACCUCCAAGGCCAGCUCCAAGACAUCCACGGCCUCUACUACUCUCAGCACUGUGACCUCGACCGCCAGCACCGGCUCCAACUCGACGACGACGACUGGCGUGUCGUCGGCAACGGGCGCCCCGACCGGUACUUUCACUUCCGACACCAACGCCGGCGUUACAUCUCCCCCCAGCGCGGUUCCUACGGGCGCUGCUGGGAAGGUCGCCUUCAACAUGGCUAACGUCGCCGCUCUUGGUGUUGCCGCUGUCCUUGGUUAUCUUGUCCUCUAA